UUUCAGGACUCGGGCUACAACAGUCCGUCCAUACAGAAAAAGAUAAUGGAGCUGCAGGCUGGGAUGUGUCAGAACGGAUCGGUGGACAUGGCCGGCUUCUGUCCCAAGCUUUGGGACGGCAUCCUCUGUUGGCCGUCCACAGCCCCCGGCGCUGUGGCAACUCUCGCCUGUCCGGAUUACAUCGCUGGUUUCAACGACAAGGAGAACGCCACGCGGUCCUGCAUGACCAACGGCAGUUGGUAUUGGAACGUCACAACCAACAGCACAUGGAGCAACUACUCGCAGUGCUUUAAGGCACCAUUCGUCAAGGUCGUCAUGGAGCUGGAAACCCAGAACGCUUCGCUUGUGAAGUACAUACCGAUCGUCAAGACGAUCUCACUGGCCGGGUAUUCCGUCUCCCUGUCGACCCUGAUAGUCGCAUUCUGCAUACUGGCAGCGAUAAAGAAACUAAGAUGCCCGAGGAACAUGCUGCACAUGCACCUCUUCGCCUCGUUUAUGAUGAGGGCCUUCAUCGCCCUCCUCAAGCACUCGAUAUUCGUUGACGGCCUCGGCUUGUCCUCCGACGUUUUGGUACUGGGCGGAGGCGAAAGUUACUGGCUCUCGGAUCCCAACGAAAGCAAUUGGCACUGCAAGGCGUUCACCAGUGUCUGGCAGUAUUUCAUCCUCGCCAACUAUUGCUGGAUACUGAUGGAGGGCCUCUAUCUUCACAACUUGGUCUUUCUGGCUCUCUUCACUGAUUCAAACUCGAGCAUCACGGGCUACGUCGUUCUCGGCUGGGGUUUGCCGGCCAUAUUCGUCCUCCCUUGGGUUGCGGUUAGGGCGGCUUUGGAGGACACAUAUUGCUGGACAACGCACAUGAACUCCCUGUUGUUUCUAAUAAUUCGCGUGCCCACGAUGCUCUCAAUUUUGAUAAACUUCGUGCUGUUUAUCAACAUAGUUCGAGUGUUAAUGCUGAAGCUGAAAUCCACCGUAUCCGAGGAGACUCAGAGAUACAAAAGAUGGGCCAGGAGCACCUUGGUACUCGUCCCGCUGUUCGGUAUCCACUACACCAUAUUUUCCGGAAUGCAAUACGGCUUGGUUAAAAACGAAACGGUUGAAUUGGUGUGGCUUUUGGGUGAUCAACUUUUCGCGUCCUUUCAGGGAUUUUUCGUCGCCGUACUUUACUGCUUUUUGAAUGGCGAAGUACGCGCCGAAGUUUCGCGCGCAUGGCGAACAAGAAACUGCAUUCGAUUCCGACGCGGCCGUUGGGGUCCGAGAACUUCGACUCACUCUUGCAGCACAUGCAGCUGCAACGCGAUUAAGCUGAACAAGAAACCUGAGGAUACGACCUGGUGGAACAAGCCGUGGACAUGCUGGUGCUGUAGGGUGAAUGUCAACCGAUCGACGCACAGCAUGGCGAGUACGCAAGAUAUAGGGACGCAAGGAGAGAGUUUGGCUAGUAGCCGUGGCUACCUCGAAGUUGCUGGUACAGGUGCUGCAAAUCGCAUACACGCGAACCAUACGUCUCCAAUGUGUAGCAAAUACACGGGCCAAUCGCUUUUGUCAUUUUGUUCCAACCUAUCCGAUAUGUCUGGAUGCGGUACGGCGCCUCAAGUGGAAAAAUGCGAUAAAAUACGAGAUCAACACCGAUGGAGCGAUUCGGAAUGCUGUCACCUCGCUUACGAAUUACACAGUUUACAAAAUCACUCGCAUCCUUAGUUAUAGUUCGAGUAUACUGUAACUACGUAUAAAAUCUUCAGUGAAAAACUGCAGCAAACGCUGAAAUAUUCGAUACCAACAAUAUCUCGUUGGCUGGUUAUCGUUUACAACAUAUCCACACCAGCGAUGUAAGUAAACCUGUAUGUGUAUCACCCGCGCGUUGUAUAUCUCUACCGAGAAUCUUCAUGUGUUAAAUCAUAAAAUGUUUUGAAAGAAUUCAGCAUCUUUCGAAAUUACAAGAUAAAUCACUGUAGGUACAGUUGACUGUAUGAUUUUUGAUCUAGCAUAUCUGAUGCUUCGUGCUUUCG